UAGGCCCAUCCACGCUUCGGUGAACAGCGUGAAUCAUACUACCCACGUCAGCAUGAAUUUUUUUUAGUAAGUAUUAACAUCAAAACGGUUCGAGACGCCUUAAGUAAAUUUUGCACUUUAAAAAAAUGUCUUAUAAAUCAAACGAGAACGUGUCUCGUUGUUUGUCACCUUUGCUUACUCGAUCCGUUAAUGUAUCACGGUCGUCGUCGCCAUCUUUAUCAAUGGUUUAUCAAGCUAAAGAAAUUAAGAAUGAGAUUGAUAUGGACAUAAAUUCAUCAGAAAAUGAUGUAGCUGAAUAUAUCGUUAACAACUAUCCACCUUCGACUUCUCCGAUAAGUGAAACAUUUACUGAUCCUGUAAGUAUGGUUACGAUAAGUGAAACAUUUACUGAUCCCGUCAGUAUGGUUACGUUAAGUAAAUCAUCUUAUUAUUCAGCAGAAAAAAGACAGCCAAUAAAUUUUGAUAAUCCAAAAGAAGGAUCUCUAGAUGAUGACUUGGAACUAAAGAAAAUUAGAAGAAGAAUGAAAAAUAAGAUAUCUGCUCAAGAAAGUAGACGAAGAAAAAAAGAGUAUGUGGACAUGCUGGAGCACAGGUUAAAACAAAAAGAUAGUGAGAAAGAUUUAUUGCAACAAAAGGUCACUGAACUUGAAGAAAAAAUUAGAACUCUUGUGGAUGAGUUAUUUAUACAAAAGCGGUUAUUACAGCAACCUGAAUCAAGCUUCAAUGAUCCUUUAAUGAGAAUAUACUCAAGAAACUCACAAAUACAUAAAAGUACACAAACUGGAGCAUGCUUAUCAUGUUAUCAAACAAUUCAAGACCAACAUAGUUCUAAAGAAUACAAGAAGUCUCCGAUUCUUUUGCCUCCACCUCUUAAAAAAACUUUGUCACCUUAUGAAACUAAUAAAGAAAAUGAUACAUUUCAUAAGUCAAGAGUUCGGCACCGCUUUGAUAUAAUUGGAGAGAACUACACAGUUAAUGAUACCUCCUUUAAAAGAGAAACCAGUUCAAUGCUUAGCAAUCAUUCCCAUUCUGUUAAAAGAAGAAAUAUUGACAGUAUUCUAGAAAAUAAGUUUUCCCGCCAUUUUUCUCCAAAUCCUGAAAACUCGUGUAUGUUAAUAAAAGAGCAAUUAGAUGAUUGUUCUAGUGCAACUUGUUCUUUAUUUUUGCAGCUCUCCAACACUGACCAUAUCACGUCACCUUCUCAUACUUAGCAUGCAUCUACCCCAGCAUGUACCUAAUACAUUUUCAUAAUUAACAUUAGGAUCAAAAUUAUUAAAAAAAUUUCAUUUUGAAAUCCGAGAAUAUUACUGUUAACGUUAAGAAGUUUAUUUUAAUGAAAAAACAUUGAAAGUUUUGUUGAAAA